GCUGGCUACACGGCUGUCGGCCCGGCCCCAUCAAUCAUUCGAUUUGUGCUGCGUCGUUGAGUUUGGUGCACGUCUCCUCGAGCAGCCGCAGCAAAGUCUCCUCCGUAGCCUCACGCUCCUGACGCUCCUGUGGGUAAGCAUAGGAUACGUGUGUUGACAAACAACCAGCCGAGAGGGGGAGGGGGAGGGGGAGGGGGAGUGGAACGGAAUGGCAUGUGUGUGUUGGUCAAUCGGAUGUGCGGUUCGGUGGGGUAGGUGCGUACCAGUGCGAUUUCGUGCCUGACUUUGGCGACUACGUCCUCGACCAGCUUGUACACUUCUUCCUCCAUGACCCUCCUGCAGCAGCAAUCAAUUGAGACACACACCGCAAGUAGAAGUUGUGUGGCAUGUGUGUGAUGUGACGUGACAUGACGUCCACCCACUCCCCCACCUGGCAUGUUCCUCGUCGUGCAGCUGCUGCCGCAGCCGACUGAUCUCAUCCAUGGCGCUGCCCAACAAACUGAGAUACAGAGGGGGAGGGAGGGAGGGAGGGAUGGUGUGGUGUGGUGUGUGGAGCGUUGAUUGCUCGCUCUCCUGUCUCAUAAACAAAAUCCGUCUCUCCCCUUUCACUGCUGCACUCCUUUCCCUCAUUGUUUCCCGACUGACCGACCGUUGUUCCAUGGCCUCCCGCUGCGCGGUCUCAUCGCGCAGCGACGAACACAACUUGGGGAUAUCCGCCUGCAGCGCACAGCCAGUGGAUGGAUGGAGGGAUGGAUGGAUGCAGCCGUACGCACACCUCUACUCUAGACAGACAUGUGUAUCGGUUUGGUGCUUGGGUGGGGUGGGUUGAGGUGGCUGACCUCUAGGUAGUUCCUUAGUUGCUCCUGGCUGGCCUCGCGGCUCUUCUUCUCGGACAACAUGGCCUCACUGCACACACACUCGACAAACAGACACACACACACACACACAUGCAUUCGUGUGUUUGUUCAGGGAGAGGGGAGAAUAGGGUGUGGUGUGGUGUUGUGGCCGGCCCUUGCUGGGCUGCUUAGCUUACGAGAGUGCUUUGGUCUUGUGUUCGAUAGUGUGUAUGAGCCGUUUCUCGGUCUCCCGCAGGGCCGCCUGCUCCUCCUCCAACAUCUCACUAAUGCUGCAGCACGCCGCAUUGCAGACAGACAGACAGACAGACAAGUGGAAAUCCACACAUGACGUGUGCCUGUGUCCCCUCCCCAGACCCACCGCUUGUCAACUCCCUCUAUGGCCUCCUGCUUGCGCACUGGGGAAACACGUAAGCACACAUACAAACAAGUACACAGAGAGUGAAACGGAAAGGCCACACGGGAAGGACUUGUCUGUCUGCCCUGUGUGCGGUGCGCCUUCAACCGUCCGUACGGUUGAGGUCCUCUAGGGCCUGACGCUGCUGCUCGAUGUCAGCCUGGAACUGACUCAUCUGAUCGAAUCAAUGGGAGGACAGAUGGAUGGAUGGACGGAUGGAUGGAUGAAACGCAUCCGCCCGCCCACUGUCCCACCUCCACCUACCUGUUCUUUGAUUUGGUUGAUCUUCUUGGUCGCCGUUUCCGACGAAUGCACCACACGCUCGUCGAGAGCCUUCAACCGGGUCUGCAAUUGCUGAAGGAACAAAAGGAGAGAUUCAUACGGGCAUCCAUCCAUCCAUCCAUCCAUCCUGGUGCCCUUUCUGUCUGUCCUCACCUCAAACCGCGACUGGCGCUCCAUCUCCAAACCUACAAAAGACGGAUACACGGUCCGAUCCAUGCAGCACACCAUGAUGAUGCAGAGAUCUGGCUCACUCCCUGACUCACCAGCGUGGAGCCCCGACAGCCGCUGCGAGAGCUUGUGUAUCCUCUCCUGGUGCGCUGACACGACAGAUGCGCCGGUGGAUGAGGGCGUGUUGGUGCCGCCCGUCCCUAUGACGUGGGUCUGGGUGUGGGGGAUGGUCGUGCCGGGCACGGGAGGCGGCCGGCCGCGAGCGCUGGACGGCGGCAGGCCCUGCGGGGAUGAUCCGUGGUGGUGCGGCUGCUCAUCCCACUGAUGGGAGUCGCGGGAACGCUCGCGAGCCUCUCUUGCAUCGUAGCUGUGGCGCAUCCUACGUGAAACCACGUUUCCUUUAGUAACGCCGGAACCACCAAAUUUGCAACACUUGGGGUGUUGCACGGGGGCUGUUAAUG